AUGGACAAUACGACGGCCUCUGUCAUCAACAGCCUCAAAUUUGACGUUGCCCGGCAAGUCCGAUCCAUGAUCAUUAUUCUUGCUGGCUUCAAUGUCGCCAUGGCUCUCGUGUUGGCAAUCAUCAUAUUUCGAAAUGCUUACAAGGCGAUCCGAAAGAGCGAUCCAGCAUUUGGAUUUCGCUCCUCUUUCAUCAGAUACAUCGAGACAUCAGAAGUAUUCCCGUUUGUCUUGGCCAUCGGCAUAAUAAUCCAGGGCAUCAUAUACGCUGCCAGCCAGAUCAAGGGCCUAGAAGGCCUCCUGAUCCUGGGAUGUACGUCCAUAUCACAGGCCAUGUUCCCAGCCCUGUUUGUUGUUCCGUUCAUACAACUAGUCUUUGGGCUGGAAUCAACCGUUCAAGCUCUGAGGCGGAAGCCAUUCCAACAGCGGCCCAGAUGGGUCAUUGUCGCCUGUCUCCUCAUGGUUAUCGUCGGUCUCUUGGCGUUGUAUGUGCAGACGCGCUUUAGGCGGCCUCCAGAUCUGUGUUAUGCUUCCCUUUUCUGGUUCGUCCAAAGAUGGAGGCUCGAGUGUUUCGCCCUUCUAACGAUCAUCGGCUGCGCCCUGGCCAUCGGAGCCAUCGUAGUAUUUGUUCGACUGCAUCGAGACGCAUCAAUCGGCAUUAUCGAAAGGACUGCCGCCUCGAAGAUGGUUUACUACAUGGUUCUGGGUGCUGUGUUGAAUGGGUUGAUGGCUCCCUUCUUCUUCAGCAUUUCGGCCCAAAAUCCACUCGCGCUGGCGAAUAUACAACUGAGUCUCAGUAUGGUAGGAUCUGUGGCGAGUAACGUCUCGGGAAUUACCUUUGGCGUUCUCUAUCUCUUUCUUCGCUGCCGCAAGAUGCAGAAGAUUGGCCCUCUCGGACAUGUCGAGCUCGGCAGUCCGAGGAGAGAAAAGUCUAUGGAAUCAUGGCGCGAAACGAAAAUCUUCAACAUCCAGAUGGAUCAGCCGGUCUCACCAGUGAAUGUGUAUACUCGCCGGAGUAUGAGCAUCCUCGGGGCCGGCAGGGAGACUGCGAAACCUACAACCGGGACAGGCGAUAGCCCUGCAGCGGCACAUACCAAGUCUCCUAACAGCGGAGACGUUGCUGACGACUCGAAUCCGGCAAUCGUCUUUCCAACGCAAGCUGUAACUCGGGCACGCAAGGAUUCGUACAGUCUGUUUCCGAACCAGCGAGAGGCGCUCGACAGCAAGCCCAAGGGGGCCACUCUCCUUCCCUCCACAACCUAUACGCCAGACGCGCCCAUGGAUAAGGAGCGAAUGUCGCCCGCAAACGAGAUGUUUGAGGAGCUUUUGCCGCCGCCCGCUAUUCGCGUCUCCGGCGCCCCCAGGCACAAUCGCGAAUCGUCACUGGUCAGUUCUGCGACAGUCCAGAUUGGUCUGAGAGUCUCCAACCUCGAGGAC